CCCAAAACGCCGUCAUAACACAGCCUUUAAACCAUCACAACGUCUUAAUUAAACCAAAUCGCCCAGCCACCUCUUCCAACACCGCCAAAAUGAGUUUCCUCGGAAUGGGUCGACCUCAGCCUACCUCGGAGCAAAAGAUUGCUGCCGUUGAGAGCGAGAUGCGCAUGAUGGCCGACACCUACAACCGUCUUCAGCAAUCUUGCCAGAAGAAGUGCAUUCCUAACGACUACCGCGAGGGCGAGCUCAACAAGGGCGAGUCUGUUUGCCUUGACCGCUGCACAGCCAAGUUCCUCGACACAUCUAUGAAGGUCAGCGAGAUCAUGCAGCAGCAGGGCCAGGCUCUCGGAGGCGGCCAGCAGGGCGGUGGUGGCAUGUUCUAAGCGUGAUGAACGAAACGCAAACAUUUUACGACCUCGAGAAACCAUUUAGAGGACGGGCCCCAAAUAGGCUGGGGUGAUGAAUGAAGCUUUGUACGAUUAUUCAGGAGAACGGAUAGAUAUUGGGUCUGAAUCGAUAUCUGGCGCUUGCAUCACGAAAUGAUGACCGAAGGUGCAACGGAGGUGUUGCUGUAUUAUACCUGUAUAUGAAUGAAUCGAGGUCAGGGCGAGAAAUGACACUUUGGUAUAUGGAUAACUAGAUUAAGUUUAUUCGAUAUGACCCUGAAAAAAUGCCUUGUACCCAGGGGUGUGCUAUGCUA